CCAUCCAAUUCACGUUUCAUAAGCAAGAAACAAAAUGGCAGUUAGGAGGCGAUAAGAAAAACCUCUCUAUUCUAAUAAUGAUCAUGUUUAUUUGAUUAGAUACAUAUUUUUAGUAUUUUUGAAAGAAACAUUUAUUAAUUAGAAAAAAAAACAUGAGACUUUUAAAACCCAGUUGGGUUUCACACGACGGUCAUCCUAUAUUUUCUGUGGAUAUUCAUCCUGAUGGCUCAAGAUUUGCAACUGGAGGUCAAGGUGCCGAUACAGGGAGAAUUGUUAUAUGGAAUAUGGCUCCGGUUAUGAACGAAGAUGAUGAGAAAGAUGAAAAUGUUCCUAAAUUGUUGUGUCAAAUGGAUAAUCAUCUUGCUUGUGUUAACUGUGUUCGUUGGUCUGGUAGUGGGAAAUAUUUAGCAUCAGGUGGUGACGAUAAAACAAUCAUGAUUUGGCAAACAGGAAGGUAUGGAAGUGGAUCAACUGUUUUUGGUUCUGGUGGAAAAAUGGUUAAUAUUGAACAGUGGCGAUGCAUCAGUACUUUAAGAGGUCACAGUGGAGAUAUACUUGACUUAGCAUGGUCACCUCAUGAUGUAUGGCUGUCAACAUGUAGUGUAGAUAAUUCUAUUGUGAUUUGGAAUGCUCUUAAAUGGCAAGAAAUAAUAGCCAUUCUAAAAGGGCACACUGGUCUUGUUAAAGGUGUAUCUUGGGAUCCGGUUGGGAAAUAUAUAGCAUCACAGGCUGAUGAUAAAAGUCUAAGAGUAUGGAGAACACAUGACUGGCAACAGGAAGCAGUCAUUACAGAACCUUUUUCUGAAUGUGGUGGAACAACUCACAUUCUUCGUUUAAGUUGGUCUCCAGAUGGUCAGUAUUUAGUAUCAGCUCAUGCAAUGAAUAAUUCAGGUCCAACUGCUCAGAUUGUUGAAAGAGAUGGUUGGAAAACAAAUAAAGAUUUUGUUGGACAUCGAAAAGCUAUUACUUGUGUGCGAUUUAAUCCUAAUAUUCUAUCAAAGAUAAAUAAAGAAAAUGAAAAGGUACAUCACUUCUGUUGUUGUGCAAUUGGAAGUCGUGAUAGGUCGUUAUCAGUUUGGCUGACAUGUUUAAAAAGGCCUCUUGUUGUCAUUCAUGAUUUAUUUUCAAAUUCUGUUCUUGAUAUUUCAUGGAGUCAAACAGGUAAUCAGUUAAUUGUCUGUUCUUGGGAUGGUACAGUUGCAUAUAUUGAUUUUGGUGAGGAAGAGAUUGGUAAACCUAUAUCUUCAGAAGAGAAGAGUUUUCUUCAUCAGCGUUUGUAUGGUAAAAGUUUGGCAAUGACUAACCAUAGUACUGCUACAACUGUUAUAGAAAAUCCAGAAAUGUUAAAAUUACAGGAAGAACAAAAGAAAGAAAUGAUACAAAAAGAAAAUAUGGCAAAUAAAACAAACAGUGUUAUUAAGGAAAAUGGUGUUGCAAAGCCAUCAGAACAGCUUAGUGUUAAUCGACAAGCUGUACAGAUUAAGAUUUUUAGGAGUCAAACAGGUAAUCAGUUAAUUGUCUGUUCUUGGGAUGGUACAGUUGCAUAUAUUGAUUUUGGUGAGGAAGAGAUUGGUAAACCUAUAUCUUCAGAAGAGAAGAGUUUUCUUCAUCAGCGUUUGUAUGGUAAAAGUUUGGCAAUGACUAACCAUAGUACUGCUACAACUGUUAUAGAAAAUCCAGAAAUGUUAAAAUUACAGGAAGAACAAAAGAAAGAAAUGAUACAAAAAGAAAAUAUGGCAAAUAAAACAAACAGUGUUAUUAAGGAAAAUGGUGUUGCAAAGCCAUCAGAACAGCUUAGUGUUAAUCGACAAGCUGUACAGAUUAAGGGCCCAAUAGAUAAACAAAUUGAAACAAGAAUGCCAGAUGGAAGAAGAAGAAUCACUCCUCUCUUUAUUCCACCUGCACCUGAUGUUGGGGACAUUCCUGUACCAUUUAAUAGUAGAGCUCCACCAACAUUUAGUUCGUCAUCUGAAAGUAAAAGUCGUAUUGUUAUUGAAAAGAGGGAUGAAUCAAGUGGUCCAAUUAUUAAUCCUCCUCAAAAAUUGUCAACAAGUCAAUCUUCUCCAUCAACAACCACAACUACAGCCACAACAACCACAACAACAACUGUUGUUGUCACUGUUACAGGCUCAACAAUGACUACUAAAACUACUACCCAGUCUACUUUGACAACACCAGUUAUAACUAUGGCUGAAGUUAAGUUACCAACACCACAGGCAUCUCAAAUUCAAGUUACCCCAAUACCACAAGAGGCAGCAUCAACUGUAGUACAGUCAACAAAUGACAAAUUCAUAGAAACGGAAAGACAACAAAAAGAACAGUCUGUUUUAAAACCUACUUCCAUUCCUGUAACACCUGUGCAUGUUCCUGUAAAACGAAAAAUAGAAACUGGCCAUACUGGUCCAGGUAGGCCUCCAACAGAAAAAAAGAAACCGGGAAGACCACCUUUAUCUCAAGUACAACAGGUUUUACAGUUACCAACACCACAGGCAUCUCAAAUUCAAGUUACCCCAAUACCACAAGAGGCAGCAUCAACUGUAGUACAGUCAACAAAUGACAAAUUCAUAGAAACGGAAAGACAACAAAAAGAACAGUCUGUUUUAAAACCUACUUCCAUUCCUGUAACACCUGUGCAUGUUCCUGUAAAACGAAAAAUAGAAACUGGCCAUACUGGUCCAGGUAGGCCUCCAACAGAAAAAAAGAAACCGGGAAGACCACCUUUAUCUCAAGUACAACAGGUUUCACCAGAUCGAGACAAAGUAGCAAAAGCUCCACCUCAGAGCAUCAUUGGCAAUAAUUUACAUUUACCUAUUCUGAAAAUAGAAAAGUCUUCAACUGUUCAGGUCAGUUGUGGAAAGAGUGAUCAUAUUGCUACUUUAGAAUUAGAAAAUGAUAUUCCUGCUGGAAAUGGAACUUCUGUACAUAGAUUAACAUUUUUAAAUAAUGGAGCACAUGUUUGGCAGACGUUGUUAACAAGUCGAGGAGCAGCCAUCAGUGGCAGUAAAUAUCUUGCCUGCAUUGUGUGUGAAGAUAGCACAUUAUCUGUUUUUACCACGAUGGGAAGAAGAUUAUAUUCUCCGAUUAUUUUAUCUUCUCCACCUUCGAGGCUUGCAUGUAAUGAUUAUUUUGUAAUGGUGAUUACAUCUCGGGCUUCUGUUUCAGUUUGGGAUAUGCAGCAUUUAAAAGUAAUGGUUAAGGAUGAAUUGUUACUUCCAAUAAUGCAAGGAGGACCAACUGACAUCACAAUAUGCAGUACUUGCCUAACUGUUGGAGGGGCUCCUAUGAUCACUCUGUCGACUGGAAAAUCUUAUAUUUUUAGUUCUGAGAUGUCAUCAUGGAUGCUUGUAAGUGAUUCUACUGACAUAAUACAACAUUGUUCGAAUCAUCAGUCAUGUAUGCCUGUACAGGAUACUUCUAACAGUACUUUGUUUCCUCUUGCUUCUUUACAAAGACAAAUUCAUAGAUCCACAAAAAUUGCGUGUACAUUAUUCCGGGGAAAUCCAAACAUGCAGAAGUUGGGGACUCUCAGUCACUUAGAUACUCAGUUAACAUCGUCUCUUUCUCUUCAUUCACCAAAAGAAUAUCACUUUUGGCUGUUAACGCUCGUUCGAUAUCUUACUCAGGAAGGAUUAGAAUCUAGAUUGCGUGAUAUAUGCGACAUGCUUUUAGGACCCGUUAUCCAGACAGCUAAAUCGGCACAAUGGGACCCAUAUAUUUUAGGUAUGAAUAAGAGAGAUCUGUUAAGAGAGAUUUUACCAGUGGUCGGAUCGAAUCUACGUCUUCAGCGCCUAUUCACCGAAUACAAGGAUCAACUAGACAUGAUUACGUCAUAGGGAAGAAUGCUCAAUUUAAGUGGUGUAUUAUUCAAAACAAAGAAAAAAGUUGAACAAAAAAGAAGAACAGAUUUCAAUUUUGUGAAAGUUCUACUCCUGUAAAAUAUUUCUGCAGAUGAAACACUGCCAUAUAAAUAUCAAGUUUCCUUUGAUUUUAAAGGGAAGAAAUUCUGCCAGUUCAUCUUUAGAGACUUAACGAGCAUUAGAUAUCAUAAAUUAUUUCAUUUUCAUUCAUACUGUAGCCAAGCGCAGCAGAUUUAAAUAUUCCAACCGUACGAUCGGAAUUCGAGCAUAAUAGGAAAGAAAACAACAAAAAAAAAAGUAUUUCUUUUAUCGGGAUAAUCUUUACGUACGAUCUUUAUAACGAACAUUAUAUUUUUAAAUAUUGCACAUAUGGGUCAAGAUCUGGCAAAGAGAAAUCUAAGAGAAUCCAAUUGUUCUUAAGAUAUUUUUUAAGGGAGUCGUACUAUUGGAAGUUUCUUCAUUGUGUAAAGACUGGAAAAGAAAGGAAACUGCCAAAAAAAAACUAAUGUGAUGAAAGAGUGCGUAACCUUGAUUUUCUAUUGCGAGUGGCACUUUACACCACUCUGUCUGCGAGAAGGCACGAGAAAAGCUUUAUUUAAAUGUUACGGACGGAUUACCCGCAGGCAAAACUCAACAAAUAAAAAAAAAAGGGUUUUACAUGUUACGUACGUAGAUGUUUGCGGAAUAUAAUGUUUUUGAACGAAACAAGAUUGUUGUUGUUAAAAAUUCACCAAAGCAAUUUUUCGCUAGAGCAAUUAAAACUGCACAAAUUCUCGAAAAGAAGAAGAAAAUUGUUCUUUUUUUUAUUUUGCUGCACUACAUUAUUUUGGAAUAAGAUGUAUAUGCAGUUAGAAUGUAACCAGAAUAGAUUAUGGUGUACUAUUUUAUUCCUUCACUGCCUGAAAUGUUACGCUGUUUUUCACUAAAAAGGCUUUACUUGAGAUUUGCAUAAAAAGUUCCUGGCAUUUUAAUUCGAACUUUUCAUGGGUCUAAAGACCAAAGGAAUCGAGAUCCGUUUGUCUUGGUUUUAAACCGCCGUGCCAUCGUACGAAUUUGUUUCUUCAUUAACAGAGAAUACGAUUUAUCUCUGGUUGUAAAUAUAUAAUUUGUUUGAAUCUAUUUUAUACUUUUAUUUAGAUCAUGUUUCUAUUGAUUGAUUCCACUACACUCGUUCAUUCUCAUCACGAUGAUGUAUAAUUGAUGCAUAAUUUCAUUACGGAUAAUCACUUCUAUAGAUUAUUCAUAUUGUCUUGUUCUAGCACAUAAAACAAUGUUCAUCCUGUAGUACCGAGUAUUUCAAUGUCUACCACAUCAUUUUCACAUUCAAAUCUUUUUCUAGUCCAAAUCAUGGUGAAAAUUUUUUCAGUACAAUUAACCAACUGAAAUUCUGUUGGAUAGUUGCUCUAAUCAGAAUUGUUUUAUUAAUAAAUUGGUGCAAACUUGUUUCCUGUCUCAAUUCUUCCUGUAAAUUUUAUUAUUAUUAUUUUUUAGAAGAAUAAUCUAAAAAC